GCAGAGAGGGAGGGAGAGGUGGUGCAGUAGCAGAGUGGAGCAGCAGGGAGAAAGAGGGCGACAGAGAGGAGGCUACAGCGGAGAAUGGAGAGGAGAGCGUCCGCCCGGCGAGCUUUGACCGCGGCGAGCCAGGAGAAGCCACUCGCGUCCUUCCCUUCUGGAGCCAGCGUGCUGAAAGAAACCGGGAGGAAUUUAUCUGGGGGGGAAUAGGAAAGGAAUGGCUGAUCCUCUGCGGAGGACUUUACUAGCGAAACUCCGGGGGAAGAAAUCCAAGAAAGGAGCGACGGUCGGCGGUGGAUACGGCUUUGCUGCUGCUGCGGCGAAUGGGGGACGAGAAGGUAAAGAAAAAGUUUUGCAGCAAGACUCCGGUGAGGCUCGGCCGUAGUCCUGCUGUCUGGGCUGGACUGCACGACAGGAGAGAAUGAGUACGUACGAGAAUUGUGUUGACGGGGCGAUGUUUGCAGCAGAGGGGGCUGUGAGAGUCCCGGAGAGCCGCGCAUCGGAGCUGUCCAGCGGCCAGGAGCGGAGCUGCGGGGGCAGGGUUCGGGUUAAUGAGCAGCUCCCGGGGGUCCCGCUUCAAAGAGGCGGCCAGUUUGGGGGGACGCGUUCGGGAGGGAGACGACAGCCACCGGGGGCCCAGGUCCGUUGAGCAGAUCACGACGGGACUCAGAAGACCGCAUGUCCAGAGAAAACAUUUCGUCUCCGUGCCAAGGCAGCGCAGCGUCGGAGAUUCAAUCGGGUUUGGGGACAAUUCAAAUCGCGUUUUAUACCGAGCGCAGGUAGUGCAUACAGGGGGCAGUAAGCCAGCAGAGGGCCGGGUCCCUGCUGGUGAUAGUGAGGCUACAGAGCCCACAUACACCCGGCACAUGGCAGGGACUGUAGUAGCUGUGCAGGAGCGCAACGCCAACUGGAGUUUUUGACAGCAGCGCAACUUUGGAGGACGAUCGCUCCAAAUUUGCGCGGCACUCGUGUAUCCAAACUGCAUGUCGAGAAUCGCGGAAGAGAACGUUUUAAUCAGAAAUCUUGAGAGCUACGGGCCCGACUAUGCAGGGGACAUUAGGGGACUGCAGGAGGACUGCAGAGCCCCACUUUUUUCCCCACUGAAUUAGAAAUAUGCGACAUUAACAUGGCAUCCCUGUGCGCCACGGAGGGCUCCCUGAGAUACCCUUUAGACAGCGAAGAUGACGAUUACUAUGAUAAUGAAAUUCUGCCCUUUUAUGAGAUGAUUAGGACAAAAAGUGAUGGUGAUAGAGGAGAUGUUGCGGAGCUCACCCAGCCUGGUCAGGAUAAACGGCAGGGUGAUGACAGCAGCAGUGCGCAGGAAACAGACAGGCUUAGGAACCAGCUGAAAGAGGCUUAUUACCUCCUUAUCAAUGCUAUGAAUGAUAUCAACCUGGAUGUACAGCAGAUUAGUGGUGGUUUAACUGAGCAGCAGGCCACCUCCUCUGUAGCAGCCACUCCAGGGACAGUCUGUGCUCCAGGUUGUCAGUCAAAAACAUGGACAGCGACUCCUGGUCCUCAGGAGGAGACCACAGCCCUCAGCAGGUGUCCGACACUGACUCCCUGCUGCUCUGCCUCACGGGAACCUGGAGCCAAAUGCCAGGCUGAACAGUAAGAGCAUGGCCAACCUGUGUUUGACCAAAACAAGACCCACAUUAUUGCGCUCUGCUAGUGAUGGAGCUAUCAGGUAUCCGGGCGGACCCUCAGCCUGCAUUCAGUCUGCUGGAAUGCAGAGGGCAGAAAAUGAUAAGAAGCUACAGGGACAAAAGAAGGAGCAGGAGAGGAUGAACUGUCUGAACCCAGGGUGCUUUGCAGCGCCAUCAGCAGUGAGGAGCUGCUGCAAGAUGCUGGAGGUGAAGAAGACCGCGGCGGGCAGCUCAUUGAGAGCAGCGGCUCGGUCAACAGCCUCACAGGUUCUUCAGACAGCAACACAGAGGCAGCAACACAUCAGGGUCACGACAGCAAGCAGGAGCUGACUGAAGUCCGAGCACAGGUGGACAACUGGGUCAACAAAGGUCACGGAGUCACCGUCAACAAGAUGCAAGAGUGGAUGCACAAGGGCCGCUUGUUGUCCUCUGAGAUGAAGCAGCGCAUUGAGGGCUCGUCUCUGCCCCGUGGUGGAGGCCAAACCCAGGAGCGGCCCUGUCCUCAGGUCAGCCUCCACACAUCCAGCCGAGGGGGUAAAUCUGUCAAGGCCAAGUCACCUACAAUCAAGUCAGCACGACAGCCAGCUUUCAUUGAGAAUGUCCAAACGCCCUGUGCUAAUGGCCGAGAGGUGGCCAGGCCCAACGAGCCUUCAUCGUGGAGGCCACAGCUCACCACCAUCACUGUGUCCAAGAAGCGCAACUGGUUGCAGCAGAGCUCCCUUUCCAAGAAUCACUGCACCAAGGAUGAGCUGCAGGGAGCUGAGGAGGAGGGCAACCAGGGCUCCCAUCAGCCUCCUCCUCCCAGUCCCUCACCAGACCACCUGAGACCUUCAGGGGGAGCGCCGCCACGACCGGUCCGCCUGCAGCUGCCUCAGGCUGCCAUUGGUCAGGUGAAAGUGUCCCCCCACCCUCGGAGCGUGGACCCAGCUGAGGAGAACGAUGCAGAUGAUGAAGGAGAGAUCUGGUACAACCCAAUCCCCGAGGACGACGAACCAGAGGUUUCUCACCGACCCUCCAUUCGACUGCUGGUCCCCCUCGAGCAGACCCUCAGAGGAGGCCCAGCGGGGGAGGGGAUGUGGGUCACGGUGGGAGGAUCCUGGAGGUCCAGUGGUGGCGGCUCGGAGGUGCUCGUGGAAGGCCUUGGUGGUGGUUCAGGAGAUGUGAGUCAGGGGAAUGCUGUACAUUCCACAGAGGCACCACAUCUGCACAGACAGAUGCUUGCGUGUAAACCUCAGGAGGAGGGGGGGCCUUCUACCAGCAGACCAACAGAUGUUCUUGACCUCCCCAACACCGUUGGCUUCUCACCUCCAUCCAGCCCAAACCCGGCCAAGAAGAGCAGCUCCAUCAACUGGUCCUUCCCAGACAAGAUCAAGUCCCCACGUACGGUCAGGAAGAUCUCGAUGAAGAUGAAGAAACUACCAGAGCUUAGCCGGAAACUCAGCGUCAAGGGGACCCAGAGCAGCAGUAACAGCAGCAAUGGAGGCAGUCAGCUCGAGCCCAGGGCCAAUUCCCCUCGAAACAACAGUAGUGGGUCCGAAGUUGCUCCCCAGACUUCAGGACCUCCUCGAUUAGCUGCUUCUGGAGGCGGGCAGGCGAGUCGUAAUGUGAUCUCACGUUACCACCUGGACAGCAGCGUGUCAACACAGCACAGCUUCAGUAAGAAGAAAAGUAACGGCAGCUCCAAGUCUGCUAGUAAAGGUGGCUACCUCAGUGACGGUGACUCACCAGAGCUGGUGGCCAAAUCUGGGAAACACGGCUCUGCUGAGGGGAAGGGAGGGAAAGGCAAGGAGACAGAAGGAGGAGGUGGAAGCUCCAGACUCAACGGCACAGAGCUGGACAUCGACGCUUUCCGCCAUUACAGCUUCACAGAGCAGCCCAAGUGCAGCCAGUACAUCUCCGGACUGAUGAGCCUGCAUUUUUACGGUGCUGAGGACCUCAAACCUCCACGCAUUGACUCUCGAGACGUCUAUUGUGCCAUCCAGGUGGACUCGGUGAACAAAGCGCGAACAGCUCUGCUCACCUGUCGAACGACCUUCCUGGACAUGGACCACACCUUCAACAUCGAGCUGGAGAACGCCCAGCACCUGAAGCUGGUGGUGUUCAGCUGGGAGCCCACGCCGAGACGCAACCGUGUCUGCUGCCACGGCACGGUGGUGCUGCCCGCCCUCUUCAGGGUGACGCGUUCCCACCAGCUGGCGGUGAAGCUGGAACCGCGAGGGCUGAUCUACGUCAAGCUGAGCCUGAUGGAGCAGUGGCAGAACUCACUGGACGGGGGGCCGGAGGGAGACAGGGAGCCGCAGGUGUUUGGCGUGGAGGCUUGGCGGGUGGUGGAGAGGGAGAACACGGGACUGAUGGUGCCGCUGCUUAUAAACAAAUGCAUCAAUGAGAUUGAGAAGAGAGGCUGCCAGGUGGUGGGUCUGUACCGUCUGUGUGGCUCUGCGGCGGUGAAGAAGGAGCUACGAGAGGCGUUUGAGAGGGACAGCCACGCCGUGGAGCUGUGCGAAAACACGUAUCCUGACAUCAACGUCAUCACAGGAGUACUGAAGGACUACCUGCGUGAGCUGCCCUACCCGCUGAUCACCAAGCAGCUGUAUGAGGCAGUGUUGGAGUCCAUGGCCAUGAGGCCUCUGCGGAUGGGAGCAGCAGGUUGUGAGAACGAUCAGGCCGACUCAGAGCACACAGUCAGCCUGCUGGAAAACCUGCCAGAGGUGGAGAGGAUGACACUGCGGAUCCUUCUUGACCACCUGAAGCUGGUGGCGUCCUACCAAGAAGUGAACAAGAUGACGUGUCAGAACCUGGCGGUGUGUUUCGGCCCGGUGCUGCUCAGCCAGCGUCAGGAGGCGUCCUGCCACACCAACCGAGUCUUCAUCGACUCCGAGGAGCUGGCGAGCGCGCUGCACUUCAAAAAACACAUUGAAGUCCUGCACUACCUGCUGCAGCUCUGGCCAGUCGUGGACCCACAUGGCCAGUUCUCUUCUCAGCCCUCUGCAGCCUCUCUGGUUCCGACCUCAUCUGACCUCCUGUCAAUUCCUCCUCUGCGGCGGAGGAAAGAGCGCCCCCAGGUGCUGAACCUCACCGAUGCAGAGAUGGCUGGUGUUCUGCGGCCGAAACCAGGGCGUCUGGACAGCCCCAGCAACCGCUACGCCGGCGACUGGAGCGGCUGUGGCGAGAGCUACUUCCCCUCGGAGAUGCUGCUGCCUCCCAGCAAAGAGGAAGCGGACUACGAUGACGUGCCCUCGGAGGACACAGAGGCAGCUGACGAGGUCCAGGAGAAGCAGGAGAGCACAGAGGAGGAGCAGAAGGUCACCGGUCCUGCGUCUGAUCCCCCUGAGCAGGAACAACUUCAGAGAGAGGAGGUGGCGAAGGAGGAGGCGAAGGGAGAAGACGAGAAAGAGGAGAAGCAAGCAGAGAGUGACAGUUCAAACAACGGGCAGCCAUUAGAGGAGGAGGAGGAAGAGGAGGAGGAAAGGGUGUGCGACCACAUCCUUCCUCCUCGGCUGCCCAAAGAGCACACCUACCAGGCCUACAUGAAGAUCCAGGACAUCAGCCCUGUGCUGAGCAACAGGGUGAACCUGAGAGACCUGCAGGAGAGCAUCGACACUCUGAUAGGAAACCUGGAGAGGGAGCUCAACAAGAACAAGCUCAACGUCGGAUACUGACUCCCAUCACGGUCACACACACGCACAUUCACUCACACACUCAUGAGGCCUGAUGAGGUUCAAGGUGCUUCAGGAUACAGCCACAGCAUUUCCAUGGAGAUCCUGUGAUGUCACCAUGGCAACAUGACAGGCGGUGCUGCUGUAAAAACCUAAAGGAUGAGAUGAGAAGAAAUGUAACAGGGCACUUCUGGCAUUUGUACCUUACCCACAGACAUUCCGUAAUGUUUUUAUUUUCCUUUCAUUUUGUCGACUGUCUGACUUUAUGUUGUUGUCGUUGGUUUGUUUUGGUCCAGUUCUGUGUUCCAUGUUGUUAUUGUUGCUUCUCUUCUUAUUAGAAGAACCCAUUGACCCCUCAGGGGUUUAAAAGGUGCCUUAAUUGUGUGAAGGUGGUACGUCAAGAGGAAAAUCCACCCUGAAAUAAAAUGCAUCCCCUUCUAUGAGCUCGAUCUAGUGCCACAACCAACUACAUAACAUGCAUGAUGACAGGAGUAUAUUAUUAGCAUGUACUAAUCCACUCUGGAUACUUGAGGCUCUACCAAGUGGUGAAACUAAUGGCAGCAGAUGUUUUACAAGUGACCAUUGUCAUACUGAAACCUCUCAGUGCUUUCAGAGUUUUCCAAGAUGUAUUUUCUUGGCAACCUCUUAAGAAGCAUCUGGACAUUGGAUACUUCCACAGUGGUAGGAACAAAAUCUGGGAUUCAUUUGGCCUUUGAAUUAAAAAACUCUUCCAGCAAAAAUAAGUAAUUCGGUAAUUAAAUGAAUAAAAGGUACAAAGACAACGAAACCAUCCUGUCAGUUCUGCAGUGAAGGGAGGUCAUUUUUGUCCACAAGAUUAAUCUCUAAUGCCGUGUAGGAAAACUUUGAAUUCCAGAGCUGCUAUUUUCUACUGUCGGUUUUAAGCACAUAAACAAAGAAAGUAAAACAAACCAAGAUCGUAGAAGGAACAUGUGUACAUUCUGUCUUAGGGUGGAUUUCCUUUAUAAGGCAGCAGAGAGCUUUCUUUUGAGGUAUAGAACACUAAAUGUUGUACAACAAUAAUGCACUUAUUAAGCAGGCAGGAGUGUAGAUACAGCCACAGCGUUUCCAUUGUUGUCAUUACAGUUCAUGCAGUAAAAAUUACUCUGGCGCCACUUACACCUCUUCUUAAAGACGAAUAUGGAAGAACAUAUAGUACGAGGUAUUUCAGUGACACCAUUUACAGGAAAACCUUCACACCAGCUGUGUCCCAUUUCAGGAGCUGCAUCCUUCAAAGUAUACGACCUACUAAGAUUUCACCUUUAAAGUGUGAAAAGGUUGAAGUAAACGUUUUUAGAUGAGGUGGCCUGACCUGUAGAGGACGUUCUUGUUUGUAGAAUACAUGCACAGUAGGUUGGAUCUGCAUAUUUCAAUUCACACUGUUGCCCUUGUAGUAGAGAUGCUGAGCUUGACAUCAAGUGGAUUUGUAUAUGCUUGCGCACUGGAAAGGUCCCAGACAGUUGCUCCUAGCAGCCUUGUCGGCCGAAGUUGGGUCUAAAGCUAAGACUUUGGUCGCCUUUUCCGACAGAAAUUUAGAUUUUUUUGGUUUAUUAUAUACUAGAGGACCCCGAAAUGACCCAGUGCUUACAUUUAAAAGUGUAAAGUUGCCAAAACUCCACUUGCACAGUCUGCUGUCACAGUGAAUCUUCAGCUAUGUCGAAGUAUCCAACCGUUGGAUACUUCACCGUACUGGACAAGAAAGCGUUGCAAGGAGUAUUUAAAGUGGAAAUUUCUUCACUAUGACACAUUUGGUCCUCGAAUGCAUUCUCAGAAGGAUCUAGACCCUAAAUUGGGACACAGAACUUUUCAGAGUUGGAUAAAAGAAAACAGUGAGUUCACUGAAAGCUGCACUACCAUGUAUUCAGUUCAAACAAGCAACUAUAUAAAGAGACAAAAUGUGUUGAAUGUGGCAACAUAAUUUUGUAAAAGUCACUAUUUGGUUUCUUGUCCAGAGUUAGAUGAGAAGAUUGACACCAGUUUCAUGUCGGCAGAGGCUAGUAUAAAGCAGAAAUACAUUCAGCUUAUCUUCGCGUAGCUUAGCUUAGCCUAGCUUAGCACAAAGACAUGUAUCGGGGGAAACAGCUAGCCUUGCUUUGUCCAAAGUUUAAAAAAUGCCCCCCUUUGUCAGUUACCCGCACAUCUAAAUAUCAUUAAUUAACAUAAUAAUGUAUUUUGUUUGUGUAAUUUGUACAGAAACCGGAAUGUAAAAACAAACUUUUGCUGUACAUGCUGUUCAUGCUUUGCUAAGAUAAGCUAAUGUGACUGUGGUAGCAUUGUUCUCAUGUACCUCUCCGCAAGACAGCAAAUAUCUAAAGUUCUUUCCUAAAAAAAAAAAAAAAAAAAAAGUCCACAAACCAGUCCCCUCUCUGCUUCUCCCAGCUUUUGUCAAUACAGUGAAACAGACAAUGUGAAGCACAAUUUUCAGAGUAGCAGUGGCCUCACAGUUAGUACGACUUAGCUAGCUGCCUAAAGCGACAAAGGACGUUUUCAGCAAUCCAGGGAUUCAGAAUGAUCAGUAUUUAACCUAUAUGUAUAUGUAUAUAAUUAUAUAAAUGUAUUCGGAGUAUAUUAUUUUUACAGCUUAUAUUUCAAUGGCGUAUUUAAAUACUUCCGACGACCUUGUAGUGUUGACUUGUAGCAAUAGUCGCUUCUCUCCCUUCAAGCUACCUGUACACAUUUUAAUGUGCUGGACUAAUGGUACAACUUUAGCUGUAAAAUAUAUGAUAAAAUCGUGCUCUUGCAGAAAAAGUGAUAUUGUUAUUUUUGUGAUAUUGUGUAUAUAUUUGACAUUGUUUUGUGUCUCUGGUGGACUAAGUUGUGUUCAUGAUUAUUGGUGUUGUUUUUUUGUUCUGUUUUUUAAGGUACUGAACGUUGCAUGGUCAAAAGCUUUACUGACAUUAACAAGGCUUUGUCUCAUCUGCCUUUGUGUUUCAUAUUUAUGUAUAAAAUAAGACUUAUUUUGUAAUGUAUGUUCAUUCGUUCGACCCCCUGUUCCUUCAAUAGACAGAUGACUGCAUUGUUCAAGGUUUUCUCCAAAGGACUUAGAGGCAGAUGGUGUGUAAAAUGUCUGAUGUUCAUGGUUGCAAAAUGCAGGCGGCAUCUAUAAAUUGCUUAACUUGUCCAAGUGACGGUCCGUAAGUCAAAGAUUUUUUCUAUUGUCACAUGAUAAAGAAAAAACGCCUGAAAAAUAACUAUUAUUUGAGUAUUUAAGUAGACCUUUCCUAAAUUUGCUGCUAAUCUAAUAAUUCAUUCAGCUCUAAAAUAGUCUCCAUAAACCUAAAACCUGGAAACUAAUUUAUUAAAUCUUUAUACAAAAAACGACUUACAUCAGUACAGUCCAACAACAAACAAUUACAAAAUAUGACAGUUUAGCUGAUGGUAAUAUUUGCAUUAUCACUUGAUGAAUGAAAAGUCGUAAGAGAGGAUUCCUUUUCAUGUAGAAAAACAAGAGACGUUGAAUGAAAAGAAGAAAGAAAAUGAAAAAGAAUGACCUGCUAAGAGGGUUUUCUUCAUGUAUUUGUCAUGUGAUUUCUCACGGUUCUUCCACACCCUGCCCUCCUAUGUCGACUUGAUGCACAAUCCUGCUGCUUCAUGGUGAAGCUGCAGCUGCUGCUGGGCCGAUCUGCUUUCAGCAGGGCUCCUCUCGAACCAUCUGUCUGCCCAGACGACAUAAAGAGAACCAGGUCCUCAUUUAUAGCAGCCACCGUGGAGAAUCGGCUAUAGAUAAUUUUUAGUACCUGAAGAUUGUCCUUUAAAUCUGAGGUGUAUUCCUGCCUACAAUUUGCCUGAGAGACUCUUAGAGAGACACUCAAACAUUACAUGAAAUAUAUUGGUUCUUAAAACAUGUUUUUGAGUCAUUAGAUUUUAGAUUUUUACUCACACUGCUAUAUAAAAAUAUGGAACCUAAUAAUAUCUGUCUGAAUUCAUCAUACAAUGGGUUUUAUGUAACACAGGAUUGUCUGAGCCACAGCCCAUCAAAUAUAACCUCUGACUGGUUUUCAUUCCCCCCCAUUCUUCUUUCUGUCACAGAAUCCAUCUGCAUCAUCUGUUGUCUGUUCAGUUUCGAUAAUAUGAAUUAUUUCUGUCUUGUCCUCUUUGUCCUUUGGAGGAAAAAGUGCCACAUUGAAAGCAUCGCUAAACAAAACAGAGAAGUGCUUUGUAUUGAUCCUGAGAAAUGUAUGGUCAUAAUAAAGUAUAUUAUUUUACAUUCA